CUCGAAGCAGAGCGCGUGGCAGGGGUGAGGUAUAAAAGUGAGCGGUGGACCACCACUCUGGCAUAGUUCACGAACCACGUGCCACGCGGCCGCAUCACUCGAAAAAACAAUGAAGCUCCUGAUAACUCUCUGUGCUGUGGCGUCCCUGGCGGUAGCUCUUCCUCAGAGAAGAGCACCGUCAAAGCCGGACCAGCCACAGGCGUUCGACGACCAGCAAACUGCCGAACAGAACUACAACAACUAUCCCCAAGACUACAGGCAGCAGCAGCAACAACAGCCACAGGAGUUCAGACAGGCCAAGCAGAUCGACGACUUCAGACCUAAAGUGCAGCUGGAAACUACCACCUUCAUUCCCAUCAUUCGUUUUGAUAAGGAACAAGGCACCGACGGAAGCUACAAGACUGCGUACGAAACCGGCAACCAUAUCCAAGCCGAAGAGUCCGGUUUCCUGAAGUCCGUCGGCGAGGACCAGAACGCGCUGGUCCAGCACGGCUCCUACAGCUACACCGCCCCCAACGGAGAGGUCAUCACGGUCGAGUACACCGCUGACGAAUUCGGCUUCAGGGUCAAGGGAGACCACAUCCCCACCCCGCCCCCGGUGUCCCCUGAGAUCCAGAAGGGAUUGGACCUCAUCUACGCCGGAAUCAAGGCUAAUGCGGAGCGUGACGCGAUAGAGGCCAAGAACAACCCUGAGGCCGCCAGACAACAGCAAGAUAGGGCAGCCCUUGACUACAAGGGACAAUACUACCAACAAUAAACUCUAGUGUAAGGACUUAAGGACUAACCGUACCUGUGAAGUGAGGGGCUAUGACGUCAGACACUACGCAACUUAAAACCUAGAUACUCAUUAUGUUUAAUAAAUAAAAUAGUUACCGAUCUUUACGGUAGUUUAAAAUAAUGUCGUAAAUAUCCGGCAAUGGUCCAAUUUUUGACUGAUUGAUAAGCCACUGCCAUGAUUGAAAUGCAAAUCCGACCAUGCCAUAAUUUUGAUGUUAUGUUCACUAUGUUAGUGCAUAAAAAAGCAAAUUAAUCAAAUUAAGUUUUGGUUUUAGCUUUAAUUUAACAGUAUUGUUUGUACGAACGUUAAUUUACAUAUUUUGUCAAUACUUACGAUUUGGGUAAUAAAUACGAGUAUGUAGCAAGUUGUUAAUCAAUUAAAUGGUUUAUAAGAUUUUCUGACAUAAUUAUACUUAUUGCCUUUUUAAACAGUCAAAUUGUGUAAAUGCAAAUAUCUUCUGAGAAUGAAAGUAUUUAAAACACUAAUGUCGUAAGUGUCAAGGGUCUGCAAGAAUUAAAAAAUAUUCCAAUAAUUCGAUUUUAGAAUAUAAAUAUUUAUCGCAAACCCUUUAAUGUCGUUAUACCUCUGUGUCUCCGUAGUCAGCCGAGCCAUUGCAUAUCCUGUAUGACAUUGUGAUAACAUGAGAAAUUCAUUGUAUAAUUAUUCUUACUUUUGUAAAUACGUUUCUUAUUUUUAUAUUUUAAUAAAAAUGUUAAAACAUU